AGAGACAAAACUCUGUAGAUGAGAGAGAGAGCGCUAAGAAAAUUUCAGACUCCUGUCGUUAUAUUCCCUCUCCCAUGCCUCAGUGACAAGCAGUGUCCCUGAAACCCGGGCGGGUCGAGAACAACACUGAUGAGGUAUUCGAAGAUAUUGUUAACAAUUAAGUGGCUCCUGCACCUCAAUUAAAGAGAUUGGAUUGCAUUAGAUGACCUCCAAAUCUUGGAGGAAAAUUGCCAGCGCGUUUGAUAAUCACUAAGUUUCGUUAAUGAGUUACUACGGGGCAGGUGGGAGAGUGGAUUUGCCGGCACUAUGCAAGUUGAACUUUGACGCUGCCGUCACAAUAACCACCUGUGCAAGGACGUAUUCGCAUUGCUCACUUGUCUUUCGUUAAGUGAGCAAGGGUUUGGCUAGGCCAGUUAACGUUAUUUGUUCAGUAUACAUUUAAGUUCUGAGCUGGAGCAAACAUGGUAGGGUUAGGCCAAAAGACCAAGUUGGCUAUAGUGCCAAUAAUGACGACGGCUUUUUUCUGUUUGGUGUUUAUUGCCCUGUUGCCGCACAGUGAAAAAACGUUGAAGCUCAAAGGAAGGGGUUCGAUUUUACCACCGUCUCACAAGUUUAACGCCGGGCACCAAGGCCAACGUCCUGGUCAUUUUGAUGAUGUCGAAUCGCGGAGAAAGGAAGGGCCGGCUGGCAGCCACAACCCGUUCCGCUUCGGACAAGAGCAGAUUAAGCCGCUCACCAGAAAUACUCUUUCAAUCGACGAAAAAGCAGGCGAUUCGAUUGAAAUACCAACUUUCUUUUCUAAAAUGAAGCCAAGGUUCAAAGACAUCAAAUUGGAGAGCGGUGGCGGAAUCCCGGUCAAUCCAUUCUUACAAGCCUGUAAACAAGUUGUAUCGAUAUUUGAUAAACUUAAUUCUGCGGCAUUUUCACCAGUGAAGAUGGAUCUUAACGGAAACAUAAGAAAAAUAAGUCUUCAAUACGACCUAAAUCCGUCCGCCAAAACGCUUCAAGAGUUAGUUUUGAAAGAAAAAAAUGCUGGCGAAACUCAGCUUCCCGACUCGGUUACCCAGGCUCUUCUUUGGAUGAAAAGGUCAGUUCACUUCAUCCAGGAGUUCAUAUACAGGCUGUCCACGGGAAGUUCAGAGCUAUCAGAUGUAUCAGAGGCAGCCACCAAAGCCUAUGAACUCAGCCUCAAGCCGUACCACGGCUGGGUUGUACGGGGAAUGUUUUCAGUUGGUUUGUCCGCCGUGGGAUCAGACGGCUCUACCCUUGCCAAGGCCUUUGCUGAAAGUGAGGUAGACUUCGAGAACCCCAAGUUCAUUAACCAACUCAAAAAGGACCUCCGAGAAACGUCUCAAGAUUUGAAAUACAUGAUCACGGAAGUCGAUAGGUUCUACGAAAGGGAAGGAAUCCCCCUGGAUUCUUAACGAUUGAUACAAAACAUGUUAAUACUCAAUGUGCAUUACACCGUAUGACUUACUACAACUACGCUAAUUAUAAUGAAAAAUAACUGAGAGAGAAAGAAUCUAUUUGAUAAUUAAACUGGGUAGUUUUCUGAGUACCGUUUAUAAACAUAACGUAAAUAACCGUGAACACUCGUACAGUAAACCACAAAAGCGAUGCAGUGUUGAAAGUACUGUGAGUUGGUGAAGACUAACCAUAUUUUCGCCUCAGUGGCACACACCGCCAGUUGAACUGCACUGUUCCACAUAUGUUCCACAGAGAUUUUGUAUUUCAUUAAAUUCACAUCAUUGCAAAUUCCCGAUAUUGUUGAAAAUUUCAUUAAUAAAUAAUGCAACGUAGCUACGUGUGUUCACUCUUUUCGAUCGCUUAAUGAAUUGAAUUGUAUCAAAGUCGGACUAAUUUCGAAAUCAAUCUUCGUUUAUGUUUCGACUCACUUCAUAGUCAAUAAACCCUUAUGUCUCGUAGCACGUGGUGCAGAG